AUGUCCGUCGCCGCCUUGUCCAAGUCGCUACCCAAGCCGAAAUACACGGGCGAGGAGGAGGAGCUCACACGAAGCACGCGCGUCCUAACCUCCGAGCAGUUCGAGACGCAGGUUGCGCGACGACAGAAUGGCCCCCCCGCAUACGGCAGCAGGCAGAGCUGGCGGCCGCGUACCGCUGAAGACUUUGGUGAUGGAGGCGCGUUCCCAGAAGUCCACGUUGCACAGUACCCGCUGGACAUGGGGAGGAAAGGCACAGCAUCCACUUCCAAUGCGCUCGUACGGAGAGUCGACGGCGAGGGCAAGACAAAAUACGACGAGAUUGCGCGACGUGGGCACAGCGACUCGCGCAUAGUGCAAGCGAGCUUCAAAGAUCUUAUCCCGCUGCGGCAGCAGGCAGAUGCUGGGGAGCUGGACCUAGCCAGGCCCAGCCAGGAGGUGGUUCAGGCGACAAAAGAGAAGACGGAGCAGGCGCUCAUGGCGCUGGUCGCUGGCCAGACUGCCGCACAGAAACCAAAGAACGUCCAGGGGCGCAAGGAUGACGAACCCACCUUUGUGAGGUACACACCGACCGCACAGAUGGGCGAGGCCCAGGGCAAGACGCGCAUCUUCAAGAUCCAGCAGAGACAGCUCGAUCCCCUAGAACCCCCAAAGUUCAAGCACAAACGAAUUCCACGCGGACCACCCUCCCCCCCGCCGCCAGUCCUCCAUUCACCCCCCCGAAAACUCACCGCCGAAGACCAGGAAAUGUGGAAGAUCCCGCCACCCAUCAGUAACUGGAAGAAUCCCAAAGGUUACACAGUGCCACUAGACAAGCGUCUCGCAGCAGAUGGCCGGGGUCUUCAAGACAUUACCAUCAAUGACAAGUUUGCACAGUUUGGCGAGGCGCUUCAAGCGGCAGACCGACAUGCGCGAGAAGAAGUCAAGCAACGCGCGAUUAUGCAACAGCGGCUGGCAGAGAAGGAGAAGCUGCAGAAGGAGGACCACUUGCGCAACCUAGCAAAACAGGCGCGCGAGGAGCGUGCGAAUACUUCACGCCGACAUUCACAAAGCGACUCAGACACCGACUCAGAGGAAGAGGCGGUGAAGAAGCGAGAGGAGGCUCGCAAGGAACGCCGAGAAGACUUUCAACGCGAGUUCCGCCAAUCGAAAAUGGGCACCGAGCGCAAGAUACAAAUGCUUGCCCGCGAGCAGAACCGCGACAUAUCCGAAAAGGUUGCACUUGGUCUUGCGAAGCCGACACAAAGUGGAGAGAACAUGUACGAUUCACGUUUGUUCAAUCAGUCCAGUGGGUUCAAUGCAGGUAUCAACGAGGACAACCACUACGAUAAGCCUCUCUUUGCAGCCCAGGACGCCAUCAGCAGCAUCUACCGCCCGAGCGUGCAAGAAGAUGACGGCGAAGACGAGGGGAAGACGUAUGAUCGAAUCACAAAGUCCAGCAAGUUUGAGGUCUUGGGUAAGGCCAAAGAGGGCUUCAAGGGCGCGGAUCUGCAGGAAACUCGUGACGGCCCGGUGCAGUUUGAGAAGGAAGCGGACGACCCUUUCAACAUCAACCAGAUGAUCGAUGAAGUACGAGGGGAAAAGGGCGAGAAGACUGGCGAGAAGCGCUAUGGUAUCCAGGAACCAGAGGGGAGGUCUGCGAAGCGUGCCAGGGUAGAGGAUGACAGCGAUUGAUUGAGAUAUCCAUCAUUGGGAGAGGUGCAUUCAAGUGACGUUUUGGAGUUAUAUGGCUAUAUCUUUCAAUUGCUAUAGCGAUGGGCUUUGGGUUCUGAAAAGAUUGAUUACAUGCAGCAUUACGCGGAUUUUAAUGUCCAUCAUACCAUACUCGAACAAUUUGAAGACAUGUUCCAAGAAAUGACCUCGUUAUAUAGAACUCAUCUUGCGAAUCUACUUCAUCUUCCCUCG